CUCAGAUAGGGCCAUUGACCGGUUGCCACCCCUCAUCCCCGUUAUCCUUCUCCUCUUCCAUCAGCUUGCGCACGGGAUACCUGUAGGAUGGGGUGAGAUAGGAUUGUACCUGCAGCUUGCAGCUUGCUUUGCAGUUUCCCUCUACCUUGCGGCCUUCAUGAGUCAAUCAUCCCGAACCAGCUUGUCUACUAGGCAUAGAUAUUCGACUGAGCCCACCCUUUUCGCGUCACCGUACCUGAACAUUGGCGUCUGACGCAUGCUCUAAUGAGUAAUCCUUGUGUCCUCUCAUGGUCAGCUUCGUAUGUUCCUUCGAGUUCACGGCGGGCCGAUAGCCCAUUUCCGAGAUGAUGCCGCAUCAGCAACUGAUCUGAGAUUGCCUCGUCACCUUUUCUACGAGUCGUUCCUGGCAUGAUGCGAACACUCAUCACCGACAUAGCGGGAUCAAGCCGUCUCUUUGGACACCCCAGUUUGUGGAUGCUUGCAUCAACGAAAAGCUCGCUCUUGUCCGGGGAAGUCACAUCGUCUCUUGUCUAUCGGCUCCAAGGCCCGGACACGCUUGCUGGCUUCUGGUCGUGCGGCGGCGACGUGCCCGACUUGCUCCAGCCCCGGCUAUAUUGAUUCGCACAUCAUGCGGUUGUGGCCAAGAUAGUCCGAAAGCACUCGCACAAUCUCCAGCGGUUAACCAACACGGUUUGAGAGACACGGCAUUUUAUGCGAGAUUUUUUUUACUCGACUAACUGCACAGCGGCUUUGCGACAAUAUUGUUGCAAGAGACUUCGGCGGCCCUCCUACGUCCUUCGGUUGGUAUGGCCACAACAUGGCGAUGGUUUAUGCGUCGCAGAUGACAAAUCUAACGGCUGGUUCGGGACGUAUAAAUCACAACGGCCAGGUGGCCAUUGUUCGACGAGCAUACUGUUCUGCCUAUAGUGUCCAAGAAGGGCUGCACUGGCACUGGUUGACGAUGACCAUCUCGAAGAACCUUUUAUGUCCAGGCAUUUCACAUGUGACGCUUGGACUUCUGCGAACAAGUGGUUGCACAUUUUUCAGGCUACAAAGACUACUGCAAUGGAAACGGCUGUCGUCGUGGGUUGAAAUCGACGUAUAUGGCGUCCAGGCCGGCACGUGCCACCGUUCACUUUUGUCCUGUUUACGAGGUUGAUCAGGACGAUACAGGUGCCAGAGGCGUCUGGAAAGCGCGAUCUACGACGAGGGGCCUAGAAGCCCAACGUAGCUAUCGGUUCAUCGCCCCAUGUCCCCACGGAACGACCGCUCGGAAGCACUCCGGGUUGUGCCAAAUGAUGUGGAUAUUGGGUUAUUGAACCCUGGCCAAGCACCGUUCAUAGGGCUGAUGGCGAUCGGCAACAGCCAUGUCGGGACGGAGGAACGGUUGGAUUGCGGACGGAUACGGCACGGAAAUAUCGGUGUCGAUCACGGAGGGGCACGGCGACGCCCCGAGUGGAUUAGUCAGUGGACCCUGAUGAACGUCACUGAGGGGAACCACACGGAAGCCUCGGUGGGAUGGCAACUACUUGACGAAGGAAAUUAAUUUGUUUCUCACAAAGCAAUAUUGCGGCUGCACCUACUUGACAUCUGAAAUUAUCGUGUCUCGAGAAAAUGGCUUCCAAAAUGAGAGCAAUUGAUAUCAAGGAUGGAAAGGGACCCAAGGAGAACCUCUUCAUCAACGAUGACACGCCGAAGCCGACAGCGGGCAGCGGCGAGGCCCUGAUCAAGAUCAAGGCCUUUGGGAUCAACCGCAUGGACCAGAUCCAGCGUCUUGGCAUGUACCCACUCCCGCCUCAAGCGCCAAAGACCUUGGGCGUUGAGUUCAGCGGGACCAUUGAGUCUUUCGGUGACGGCAGCCACGGCGAUUUCAAGGUUGGAGACGAGGUCUUUGGCCUCGCGUACGGCGGCGCAUAUGCCGAGUUCAUCGCCGUCGACAGCAAGAUGCUGCUGCAUAAACCUGAUUUCCUGUCGUGGGAGCAGGCUGCCGGCAUCCCAGAGACCUGGAUCACGGCGACGCAGGCACUCUUCCUCGUGGGCGAGUUCUCCAAGGGCAAGUCGGUCCUCUGGCACGCCGGCGCCUCAGGCGUCUCCAUCGCGGGCAUCCAACUGGCCAAAGACGCUGGCGCGUCCGCCAUCUACGCGACGGCAGGCUCCAAGGAUAAGUGCGACUUCGUUGUUAACGAGGUCGGCGCCACCGCGGCCUUUAACUACAAAGAGGAGGACUGGGCCGAGAAGGUCAAGGAAGCGACGGGUGGCAAGGGCGUCGAUGUGAUUGUCGAUUUCGUCGGUGGCGGUUACUUCCAGAAGAACCUCGACGUCGCGGCGCGGGACGCGCGCAUCGUGCUGCUGGGCCUACUGGGUGGUCCCAACAUCGAGGGGGCCAACAUCGGCCCACUACUGUACAAGCGGAUCAGGCUCGAGGGCAGCACGUUGCGGAGCAGGGACGUCGAGUACCAGGGCAAGCUGAGGGACCGGCUAGAGGAGUAUGUGCCGCACUUCAAGACUGGAAAGCUCAAGGUCAUCAUUGACACGGUGCUGCCGUGGGAGAAGAUUCAGGAUGCUCAUGGGCUUCUGGAGGCGAACAAGAACUCGGGCAAGAUUAUCUGUACAAUUUCUUAGGGAUAAGGAGCCCAAGUGUUUUUUCAAUCUCAUGACUUUUCAACACACUAUAUUGGACAUAGCUAGCCUUCAGAGAGCCCUUUGGGUGCCGUGUUCUCCCCGUGAGCCGGGCUUUGCCAGGCUUGUGUCCCGGGCAUCAGGUGAGCGAGGCGCAAUUGCGUUGGUCUGAAACGCCUCCAUUCUUCCAAAGGGUGCCAAGGGGGCCCUGGCUCUUGUUCAUCUUUCCUAGAUUUACGUUAGCUAGUAUGUGCUUGUGGUUGAUUGACAGUGCCAUCCCAACAUAUGGCCCCUUUCAAGCCGCUUCGACGUCCGGGGUGUGUCAUGCCCCCCUCUGCACGCUCGUACCACGACCUUUCCCAGGGCCAGCACCAAGAUGUGGCUUUGAGACCAGAAGAACAGCUAGGAUUUCGUAACUCUGGAUUGAUCAGGCGCUCUGUGUCUUUACCCUUUCGUCAUGGAAACUGCCUUCCUACUCUUACUUCCUCCGCAUCUCCCCUAACAAAGGUUCUGGAUCCCAGUCUGGUUGACGCUGGCCUACGAUACCUUUGGCAGUUUCAUCUUAAUUGUUUCGAGCUUCAUCCAGAGUCAGCGGACCUGGCUCAUUUGUGGAGGUUUGUAAGACAAGAAAGGAGUUCCAUUCCCGUUUUAUGAGUUGGAUCUUGAGGUGAGGAAGAAUUUUGGUGUUUUUGCUAUGUUGCGUGUCGGUAGCUGGUAGUGUGGAUGUUCCUGCGCAAGUGAUGGUUUGCGCAACGAGACAUUCGCACAGCAACAACAUCGUAGUUCUUGGCAUUCUUCACUUCUGUAAACCGAGAUUCUACGCAACAAUAGACAACGCAAUCAGUAUGGGUGACAACUGGGAGAAUCUGCGAAAAGAUGACUGCGUGUUGAAUGUCACCAGUACUAUUGGAGCAGGUAUACGAGGGAAGUUUCGUAGAAUUGAU